ACUACAUCCAUAUUUGAAUUACUUAAUAGAAUGCAUAUUUUGAUUUAUACUCAUAAAGUGACAGGUUAUAAAAUAAAUCUUAUAAGAAAUUAUUGAAUCUUUUAAAAAAUAAAUAUUGACAUUUGAAUUUCUUCAUAACAUAACUGAGUUUUAUCUUCUUCUUUUUCCGUAUUUGACUACACUGUCAAAUUAAGAAUAAGAAGAACAUGAUAAUUUUCCGCCAUCUUUGUGUUUAGAGUGCUCAAUUUUUAUUUCAUUAAUGAAAGCUUUGCCGUAUUAUACUAAAAUGAAAUAGUGAUAGAUUGGAAUGUAUUGGUGUAUUCUUUAGUUUUUCCGAACAAAAUAUGGCGGUAGGAACAUCAAAAGUUAUACAAGUGACAAACAUAGCUCCCCAAGCCACCAAGGAUCAAAUGCAAAUACUGUUUGGUUAUUUGGGAAAAAUAGAAGAUAUUCGAUUAUAUCCUACAAUAAGAGAUGUUUCUUGUCCAGUUCAAUCUCGAAUUUGUUACAUCAAGUUCGUAGAUAGUAGUACAGUUGGAAUAGCUCAGCAUAUGACUAAUACUGUCUUCAUUGAUAGAGCUCUUAUAGUGAUUCCAAUUUCAAGCGGAGAUAUUCCUGAUGAGUAUUAUGCUCUGGAAAUGACAAAGAAUGCUACUAUAGUACCAGGUCUAACUCCAGCUGAUCCUCAAUUACCUGCACAUGUUGUAAACAGUACUCAUAAAUCUGGAGAUGAACAAGUCAUAAUAACAGUCGAUCCUAAUUUACAGGCAUUUGGAUUACCACCUUAUCCACCUUUACCUGCUACUUAUGAUACAGUGAAGAUAGAAGAAACACGAAGAACAGUUCUUAUGUUGAAUUAUAAUUCUUCCAUGAGUCAUGAUGAUAUUAUCAAUUUCUUUAGUCGUGCAGGUGAGGUGAAGUACUUAAGAUUAUGUAAAAGUGAAAAUGAAUCUGAUGAUAGUACCAAAGUGCUUGUUGAGUUUUCUGAUCAACCUAGUGUAAUUAAUGCUCUCAAACUUAAUGGAACAGAAUUAAAAGGUCAAGUAAUUAAAGUUGAACAUGCCACUCAACCAAUAAUAAAACCACAAGCAAAGAGUAAUGAAGCAGCCCAGAAAGAAAUUGAAGAAGCUAUGAGUAGAUUUAAAGAAGCACAGAAUAUGAUUAAUGCCUCAAUUGAACCAGUAAUUGGUAUGUUAACUAAAGAUAAAAGAAGCUCAAGAAGAUCUAGAUCCAGAUCAAGGAGUAGAAGAAAGAGGACUAGGUCCAGAUCUAGAAGGUCAAGGUCUAGAAGACGUAGAUCAUCUUCAAGAUCUAAAAGAUCGAGAUCAAGGGAUCAUAGAAAAAGAUCUCGAUCUAGGAGAAGACGUACAAGGUCUAGAUCUAGGAGAUCAAGAUCACGUAGUGUGAGAUCUAAAAGAUCCCGAUCUAGAUCAAGACGAAGAUCUCGUCACAGAUCUAAAGAAAGGGCGAAAUCAAGAGAUAGAGGUAGGGAUAGAUCUAGAGAUCGCAAAAGAAGCAGGGAUAGAGAGAGGGAUAAGGAAAAGGAUAGGGAAAGAGAUAAAAAGUCAAGAGAAAGAGAGUCUAUUGAGAAAGAAAAAACACCAAAAGAACUGAAGGAAAAGAAAAAUGAUACAGAAAGUAGUGUUGAAGAUAAGAGAAAGUCUAGAUCAAGGAGUAGAAGUAAAAGGAGGUCUAGGUCUAGAGAUCGUAGAACUAGAGAUCGUAAAAGGUCAAGAUCUAGAGGAAGCAGAAGACGAUCACCUUCUCCAAGAGGUAGUAGAAGAAGAAGCAGAACCAGAAGUCGAGAUAGGGAAAGAAAGCGUGACAAAAAAACUGAUAAAAGGGAUAGGGAAAGAAGGGACAGGGAUAGAAGAUCAAGAUCUAGGGACAAAGAGAGAAAAUCUAGAUCAAGAUCCCAAUCUAGUAGGUCAACUGGGUCCCAUUCAAAAGUACCAAGGAAUUAUGAUGAAGAGGAAAAAGGCUUUGAUACAGAUAAAGAAAAGCCAAAGGACAAGGAAAUUGAUCAAUCUACUGAAAAAGGGUCUCCGGAGAAGUCUGAUAAUAUGGAUAUUUCAAAUUCGCCUUAACCAUUCAAUUGCGAAUGAUUGGUCAUCAUCUGAAUAUCUUUAUUUAAGGUUAUCAGCCACUUGGCGAUUAUCAUUAAUUUAUUAUUAAAAUUUUUCAGGAAAAAUGGGUUUUGCCCUAUGAUAACGCUAGCAGACUACAUGAUACAAAAAAAAGCAUCUUAUUAACCCAACUCCAAAUUGUAUGGAUGCUAAAAAUGCACCUACAUAACGUUCUUUAUCUUCUGUUGGUACUAACAGAUGAUCAGUCCUAUCAAUAAAUUUUGACCAGUUUUAACCAUUUUUAGAUACCUUUAUACUUCAUAUUUUCUGAACUUUACUUGACAUAAUGGCAUUGUAUUUCUACAUUAUCUACUCAAUAUCCACUAGCCACCACUUUUUCCUGAUAUUUUCUGGAUCUUUACAGAAUGCUUCUAAUCUAUAGUGUGUACAGUUUUGGUUUAUAUGAAAUUAUGUCGGAUUUUUUCUUCAUUCAAAAUUUCUCCUUCUGAGAUAUCACUACUAAAUGGUGCUAAGUUUUUUUUAUCAAUUUAAAUGAAUAUGUUUCUAAAUCGUAUUGAUUUUAGGUCUCUUAUGUUAUAAAAUUAGUUUUAUUUUAUAAUUUCUGAAAGACAGAUAAAAAUUUGACAGUAGCACACUUAUUUCACCUAUGAAAUUUUUUGGAUCUGCUCGAUUCACAAGGAUUUUAUUCUUUAGAUUCUCUAUUUAAGUUUCAAUUAUUGAAUUCUUAAACAAUAUAACUUUGGGAAACAUCAUGGAAUCUAUCUACGUCGUUUUCUUAAUUUUUUUUACUUAGUCCAUUACGUUUUCCUGCUGAAUCUGUUUGUUCUCUGAAUCAGCAAUGCAAUAUAUUUUCAGAUUUCCCGUCAUUAUCAUGGUAAUUUGCUGGUCUCAUUUUGGUUCCAGCUAGAAGUUGUGGUUUGCUGAGAAUGUCGAAUAAACCAGAAAGAUCUUCGUUCUCAGAGUCCUCAUCUGUGAGGAUAUUCGAUUGGGUGGAUUAAAGAAACUUUAGUCAAAAAUAAAGGAAUCUCCCAUAGGUACAACAAAUUUAACGGUAUUUUCAUUUUUGUGUAACAUGAACUGCUAGCGUUACCAAUUGGUAACACUAGCAAAUGUCUCAUGAUUUUAGGAGUGCAAAUUGUAAGCUGUAAUCAGACACUAGCUGUAUCAUUAGAAGCAUUAUUGAUUAUGAAUGAAAAUCGUUCCUAUCUCUCAAAUCAUAAUUGAAAUUAUUCAAAUCAGACUUACUCCUAUCUGAAAUCUAUUAUCCAAGACAUUUUACAUGAAAAAAUGACAAACUUGAAACACUCAUUGAGGUUAAUUAGAAGAUGUGUUAUAAUAUACUAGCUGGUGCAUUUGGGACGAAUUGAACGUUUCCGUAUGGUCUUUUACUGUUGAUGGGUUAAUAUGUACCAUGUAAAUUUUAUUUUUUAACUUUAUUAAAUAUAUACAAUGCACAGUGAA